CCACCACCCCAACAAAAAGUUAAACUAUGUCAUGUGAUGUAAUAUACUGUACUUCUGUGUCAAACAUAUUGGCAUUGAGAUGUACAGAAUUUGGCCCUCUUUGAGUGAUUACUGAUUACACAAAAAGCCUAUAUGUUAAGAAAAUAUGUAGCCUAGUCUAUGUAUUACCAAACCAGAGCAUUUAUAUUUUCAUUUUGCUGAAGGCAAUUAUCAACAGAAUAGAGCGCGUGUGAUUCGGGCGGAGUUCAGAGCAAUGCGCGACUACUAGUAUCGCUCCACUACACCACUCGGCUAGAGACUGUCACAGCGCAGAAUGACCUGCCCUCGUGGCGAACCACAACAAUUUGUUUUCCCCUGAUGAUAUUUUUGGACAUCAUGAAAAUAACGUCAAUUUGUGCAUAGGGAGAGAAGUGUUUGAGCUAUCAAGAAAUAAGGAAUCUUCAGAGAAGAGAAGUGGGUAGAGUAGUACUUAAAUCACAUUUACUAAGGCUGUGGGAGGGCUGACACUCCUGCCGGCAUGGCCUACACACUAGGCACAGGGCCCGACUCUGGGUCAACCGUGGGUCCCCAGCACUGCGUCACCAGGGUGGAGCUGUCUGUGUGCUGCGGCAACCUGCUGGACAGAGAUGUGACCUCCAAGUCAGACCCCUUCUGUGUGCUAUUCAAUGAGGUGGACAGCAGCUGGGUUGAGAUUGGUCGAACAGAGACUGCAGUGAAUAACCUGAAUCCAGUGUUUGGGGUGAAGUUUAAGGUGGACUACCAUUUUGAGGAGGUCCAGAAGCUCAAGUUUGCCCUGUUUGAUGAGGACAAGUGCAGCAGCCAGCUGUAUGAGCAUGACUUCUUAGGAGAGUACAUCUGUACACUGGGGGUGAUUGUGUCCAAUAAGAAACUUCACCGACCACUGACCUUGGCCAAUAGCAAGCCAGCUGGGAAGGGAACCAUCACAAUAACUGCGCUGGAACUGUCAGACAAUAGAAUAAUCACAUUGACAUUGUGUGGGAGAAAGCUUGACAAGAAGGAUUUCUUUGGUAAAUCAGACCCCUACCUAGAGUUCCACAAGCAAGGAGAUGAUGGGAAAUGGAUGUUGGUCCACAGGACAGAGGUGAUAAAGAACACUCUGGACCCGGUGUGGAAGCCCUUCACAGUACCACUCAUCUCCCUCUGUAACGGGGACGUGGACAGGAGCAUCAAGGUACUGUGCUAUGAUUACGACAACGAUGGAGGCCAUGACUUCAUUGGAGAGUUUCAGACCACUGUCAACAAGAUGAGUGAAGCCCAGAAUUCACUGGAGAUCGAAUUUGAAUGCAUUAAUCCCAAGAAACAGAAGAAGAAAAAGAGCUACAAAAACUCUGGAAUCAUCAUUCUGAAGUCAUGCAAGGUUGAAAGGGACUAUACCUUCCUGGACUAUAUUUUAGGUGGAUGCCAAAUCAUGUUCACUGUUGGCAUUGAUUUCACAGCGUCUAAUGGGAACCCUCGGGAGGCCUCCUCUCUUCACUUCAUCAACCCUCUGGGCAGCAAUGAGUACUUGUCUGCCAUCCUGGCUGUGGGCCAGAUCAUCCAGGACUAUGACACUGACAAAAUGUUUCCUGCUCUGGGAUUUGGGGCUCAACUCCCUCCAGACUGGAAAGUGUCUCAUGAAUUUGCCAUCAACUUUGACCCCACCAAUCCUUUCUGCCAAGGCGUGGAGGGAAUUGCCCAGGCCUACUCUGUCUGCCUGCCUCACAUCCGUUUCUACGGCCCCACCAACUUCUCCCCCAUCAUCACCCACGUGGCCCGCUUUGCCACCCAGGCCCUUCAACAGGAGACUGCUGCGCAAUACUUCACUCUGCUGAUCAUCACAGAUGGGGUGAUCAGUGACAUGGAUGAGACCCGCCACGCCAUUGUUCAGGCUGCCAAGCUCCCCAUGUCAAUCAUCAUUAUUGGAGUGGGCAAUGCAGACUUUGCUGCCAUGGAGUUCCUGGAUGGGGACAGCAGCGUGUUACGCUCCUACACAGGAGAGGAGGCAGUCAGAGACAUUGUGCAGUUUGUUCCCUUCAGGGACUUCCGAAAUGCUCCGAAGGAAACUUUAGCCAAAUCAGUAUUGGCUGAGCUGCCGCAACAGGUCACACAGUACUUCAAACAGAGGAACCUGUCGCCUAGCAACACAGCAUCGGAGUGAAAUCCCAAGGCCUUGGUUCAUCAUCAUGCAUGUUGCAAAUAUCUAUUCACUGUUUACAAGACAAAAUGAAAAAGUGCAUGAAAAGGUUUUUUAAUAUGUAUUCAUCAGAUUUUUUAACAUCUUAUCUGAAAGCAAGACUUUGUGGAAGAGAAAUACAGUGUGUCAAAGAAUACUACUUUGCAGUCCCCUGAAGGGAAAAUUAGAAAUGCGUAUAUUCUACCCUGAAUGUAAAUUUAUACAUUGUUCUGUUUCCAAAAGAAAAUGUUUAUGAAAAGUUUUUAUGUAUCUUUUAUGCAGUGAAUUGUAAUUUGUUGUACUUGUACUGUACCUUGAAGGCGUUAUUGAUUUUAUAAAGUUCACCAUGUAUUUGUUACCACUCAGGUCAAUAAACAUACAGAAAUGUCA